AUGAAGACAUAAUUAUUGCUGAUAGCUAUGAUAUCUCUUUCAGUCAAUGCCUUGACUGCCACAACUUAAUGUGAUUGCACAGAACUUGUUUAAUCUGCUGAUUGUAAGGGUGGAUGUACUUGGUCAUCAGCUGAUUCUUCAUGUUCAACAAAGACACUUGAUUGCACUUCAUUUACAUAAGAUACAUGUGAUAAUUAUAAAGGAUGUGCAUGGAGCGAAUCAACUUCAAAGUGUGCUGCUUUCACAGCUUGCGCAGAUUACACAGUCGCAGUCGCUAGAGCUUGCUAUGCCAAAGAUGAUACCUGUGUUCCAGGAACAACUGGUACAGAUGGAAAAACUCCAUGCAAAACAGGAACAAUCACAUGUUCAACCUUUACAAGUGCCUCAGAUUGUAACGGUAUGUCACCAAGUGAUAAUGCUGUUUGCUGGUUCAAAUCUGGUACUUGCUCAUAAGUUGAUGUUUCAAAAUGCUCAGUAAUCACAGAUUAAGAUAUAUGCCAAGUUGCUUGUAAGUGGACUACAGCUGGUGCUUGUGCUGCAUACACAUGCGCUGAUAUGACCACUGCUGACUCUUGUGUCGCAGUAAUGAUGGAUGAUGGCUCAGGUAUAAAUAUUUGUUCUUGGGAUUCUGCUACCAGUAAAUGUAGUGAUGCUGCUGAUGUAAGUGCAUUGACAUCAUCAAAUUGCUUUGCUAAAACAGUAGGAUAUUAUUAUUGGGAUGGAAGUGCUUGCUCAGAAUGCUCAGGGUCAAGUAGCAACGGAUAUAUUUUGGCAUUUAUUGGAUUCAUCGCUAUGCUUAUGUUCUGA